GCUCCAUGUAUAUCGCUUCCGACCAGCCAGUAAAACAUUUUUCUUGGUUUGGAACCAGCCGGACUUGGCAGUAGGCAAACAACCAGAUCAAUUCUCGUCGGCGGCCUCCGCCGUGUGCCCGGCUCCGGCCGCCGAUGGCAAUGCCAGAGGUGAACACAACCAGAUGCAGGGAUAAAGCAAUUGACUUGAAUCAGCCACCAUGCAGCGAACAAGGUUGUGGCUUCACUUAUGUAUUGCUGGCAAGAGAUAAUAAGAACAUCUGCCGGACCAAAGUUUAUGACGUUCCCAAUCGCAUCACAAUUCCCUCUGUUUGGCCGAUUAUGAAGUUCAUGCGGAUGGAUCAGUACCAGCAGAAUGAUUUCCUCAAGUUUUCACUACAUCCUGAUCCAGAAGAUGAUUACCAGGCAAAAGAAUGGGGCAUAUUUAUGCGUUUCCUUCGUGAAAACAAGAAGGCCGGUGUUGUUGAGUUCAGGUCUAUCACCUUCCACAUUCUUGCUCCUGAAUCUCACUCUUACUAUGCGGAGGUCUUCUAUGAGACCGUACUGAAAGAUCCUGGAGUCUGCAGAAAGAUGGAAGGGAAAUCUGGGAGAUCCAACACAAGUGAGGAGACUUGUGAUAACAUACGACAUACAAAGGAGAUGCAGUCUUUACACAAACUCCAUAGAUUUGUUCCGGAAUCUUCAACAUGCGAUUCUAUUGAAGAUGGUCCUAGAGUUUUAGAUCCAGCAGUGAAGAAUAAAACAUCUACCCUUGCAAGCAAUUUUGUGAAAACAAGCCCUAGUUAUUUAAGAACACUCAGUCAGACACAUGCUGGGUGGAUCUUUGGAGCAAUAGCAGAGCUCAUUGAUAACUCUAGAGAUGCUAGUGCAUCCAGGUUGGAUAUUUCCAUCCAAUCUAUGUUUUCAAAGAAAGCAGGGGGGAAAGUUCCUGUCCUAUGUGUAUUCGAUAAUGGCCAUGGAAUGACCUAUCAUCAAAUGAUGAAAAUGGUCUUAUUUGGCCACGACAGACCAAAUGAGCACCGCCAGGAUCAAAUUGGGAGGUUUGGAAUUGGAUUUAAGACUGGUGCUAUGAAACUUGGGAAAGAUGCACUUGUGCUUACCCAAACUUCAACUUCUAGAUCAAUGUCCUUCCUAUCCCAGUCCUUCAAUGAAAGUAAAACUAAUCUUGAGAUCCCUGUGGUGGCAUAUUGCAAGAAAGGGCAAUACAUGGAAUUUGAUUUGAAUGUCCAGUCUGAAGCUGCUGCGGAAUAUAACCUGAAUGCUAUUAAGGAUUAUUCUCCGUUUAAUGAGUAUGUCAUUGGAGAAAAGGUUUGCUUAUUUGGUGAAGAGGGUACUGGCACACAGAUUUUCAUAUGGAAUUUAGAUAGAUGGGGUAAAGAAUACACCUUGCAGUGGAACUCAGAGAAGACCGAUGAAAAUCCUGUAGGCCAUGAUAACAGAGACAUAUUAAUCCGUUCAAAAAGAGUUAGAUCACGUCCAGGACAAACAAGUAGCAAUGUACCGUUGGACUAUUCGCUUAAAGCUUAUCUAGAAGUUAUAUUCCUGAAUCCUCAGAUGAAAGUCACUGUCCAAGGGUCUCCGGUUAUAACCUGUUAUUUGGAAAACAGCCUUCAUAAGAAAUCUCUUAUAUCUGAUGAAAUUAUGGGAAGAACCAUUCAUCUGACUCUGGGUAGGAGUGAUGUAGAAUGGGGUAGAGUGAACUGUGGAGUUUUCUUGUAUUGGCACGGCCGUCUGAUAGAGUCUUACAAACGAGUUGGAGGUCAAAAGCACAAUGCUGUCACAGGUCGUGGAAUAAUAGGAGUUGCAGAUAUUACUGACCUCAUUGAUGAUGAGGAUGGUAAUACUUGGGUUCUUAAUAGCAAACAAGGGUUUCAAGAUUGUGAAAUGUAUGCCAAACUGGAGGAGUGGCUCGGUAGAAAAACAGAUGAAUACUGGAAUACAAAUUUUGACAAUCUUGAAUUGAGAAAAGGGGGUGAGCUCAUCAAGGCUGUUGAUGACGUGGUGCAGUGCCGCAGCUGUCGUAAAUGCAGAAAGCUGAACCAGGGCUUCAAUACAGCAUCCCUACCACUUGACUGGUUUUGCCAUAUGGAACCUUUCAAUGGGAAUUGUGAUAUUCCAGAGGAAGAACUAGAAGUUGCUGUGAUCACAGUUGCCGAGAAGAUAUCUGGCCACAAUAAGGUUGAAAAUUUCAGACAAGAUGAAGAUGUGAAGAAUGUCAGGUUGAUCUCACCCCCAACUCACAGCAAGGGAAUGUCAUCUUCAGAUUCCACCAUCUGUGAAGACGAACUGUCGAGCGGGUGUAGGAACAGGUAUAAGAAACAACGUUGAAUGCGAAUGCACGGGGGUAGGAGGAACGGAGCUGCAGGAAGAGUGGAGUGGCUACCCUGUCUCAGAGCUCCAUGCGAGGCCAUCCGGCUAGUGGCUUAUGCGACUUCUAAAUGGCUUGGCCGCUUUCCUCUUCCUCUCGGAACGCUUUUUCUAAACUAAUCUCGUCCUGAUACUUGAAAACCAAACUAGUAGCGGUACCGGUUGGAACGCUUUCAUGGUUGGACCUAGUGUGUUUUUAACGAACUGUUUGGACUGGUUCAUCUGAA